GUCGUGAGCCUCUGCCGAGACUCCGGGGACGUUGAGGACCAGGUGGAUGCCUUGAUCCGCAUCGCGCGGCUCUGGGUCCUUCGGAGCGAGCCGGAGGAGGCCACGAAAGCCGCGAAGGCCGCUUUGGAGGCGGCGCAGAGCGGCAAGAAGGAGCUGGCGGAGGCAGAGGCGCUUCUGGGCCUUGCCGGGGUCCUGAAGGCCAAGAAGGACCUCGCGGGAGCCCAGACGGAGGCAGGGAAGGCAGAGAAGCUUUUCAAGAAGUGUGGCCAUCGACCCGGAGAGCUGGCAGCCCUGAUGCUGAGCUGGUCCGCCAUGGUCGAAGAGGGGCCUCAACAGGUGGCUCAAGUGGUCCAGGCAGCCAAGAAGGCGGCAGAGGCCUUCAAGUCUGCUGGCGACCAGCAGUGUGCGGCCGAGGCUUUCUUGGAAGCCAGCGCUGCCAGCAGGGAGCACGGGCAAGUGGAGGAAGCUGCAAGCACAGCUGCUGCUGCCUUGCAGCUCUUUCGCCAGCCUCGUCCUCAGCGUCUCCAAGUAGGACCCAAGUCAGCUUCGGUGGUGGUGGAGGGGUACUUGCACGAUGCAGAUGGCUGUUCAGCAAAUGCUGGGGCACACGAGCGGCGAAGUCAAGGCAAGCUCGUCACAACCAGUAAAGGGGAAGCAGCGGGAUUGAUAAGGCGAAGGUACAAGGUUUCUUUGUACCAGCGGCGAAAGGACACCCGGGGCCAGGCAGAAGCCACUUGCGAGCUGGCCAAGGUGCACUUGGCCCUGGGCUUGCUGAAGGACGCUUUGUCAGAGGUCGGCGAGGCACGGUUGCUCUUCCAGAAGCUCGGGCAGCUCCAGAUCGAAGAAGCAGCGGUGCUCCUGGAAGUCGGCGUCCCGACCCUCAUGGCCUUGAGCGACCCUCCCAAGGCUCAAGUUAUCAGCCUCCCCGUGUCGCCUAACGGAUGGAACCGGAUUAUGAGUCGCCGCCGGGGCUGGACUUGGGAUUUGAAUGUGCUCCGUGCUUUGCUGGGCGAGCAAGCUGACCUUAUUCGCACCUCGAGCGAGCAGAGCCUGGGGAAGUUGCAAGCGGCAUGGAUGCAGCAUUUCGCGCAGCUGGGGGACAAAAGUAGCGGCGCAGAAUAUUCGCGUGCAGCAGCUGUCGGACCGAUGCUGUUAUUUGGAAGCCAAGCUACAACAACUGAUGGACGA